GGUGCAGAUUGGAAUAUCACAGAACCGGCGAACGGCGUGGUCUGGACGAACGGGCAGACGAACCUGAUCUCUUGGACGAAGGGACUAGAUGACGGGGUGACGCAGUUCGACAUUGAGCUGCAGAGAUUGAGCACGUCGGGGCUAUCAUAUGUUGCGCAUCUUGUGCCCGAAUCCAUGAGCAGCAUCAACGUCUACAUCCAAGACCUGCCCACGGGCGACGACUACUACGUCAUGUUCGUUAACUACACGCACGGCCUCCUCUACACCUCGUCCUCCACCUUCACCAUCUCCGACUCGACCAACUCGUCCACGCCCUCGCCCGACGCGAGCGCGCCCACCGUCUCCAUCUCCGGCGCGCCGAACCCCACCGCGCAGUUCGCGACGACGUUC